AUGCUCGUUUCCGGAAUCCGUAUAGGAAUUACGGAGGAGGAAAAACUCGUGACGAGGAGGCUGGUUUUCGAGAAGGAGAAGGUGGAGAGGAUCAGGAGACUGGAAGCUUCUAGAAGCGAGGUCAAGGAUUCGAGUAGAGUGGAAGCUGUCUCGGCUUUCCUGUGGCGGAGCUUCAUCGAGGUGCAUAAACAAUGCGCAGGUGAAAGUGAAACGGCGUCGUUCCCCGCCGCGCAUAUGGUGAGCUUGAGGCGGCGGGCGGUGCCUCCCGUGGCGGAUCAUGCCUUCGGGAACUGCUUCACGUUUGCUGCGGCCGUUGUGUCAGCGGACGAAGAGAAAGAUGGAUAUGGAGAUAUGGCCGUGUCGAGAUUGAGGGCGGCGAUACGGGAAGUGGACGGAGAUUAUGUGGAGGCCAUUGGCGACGAGGAGUUUGCUCGGGAGGUGUUGAAUAAUAUUGGUGAUGUUUUUACCAAGGAAAACUGUGUGUUUACGAGUUGGCUGAGGUUUCCGUUUUACGAGGUGGAUUUCGGAUGGGGGAAACCGGGUAGGGUUUGCACGGCGAUGAUGCCGUACAUGAAUCUAGUGAUUCUGAUGGAUACUCCGAGUGGGGAUGGUGGUAUCGAAGCAUGGAUCAAUGUUUGUGAUGACCACUUCUUCAGCUUCAUCAAAGCCAAUUGCGACACCCUCCUCCUUCAUUAGUUACUCCAUU